AUGGAUGUUGGCAGGCCGAAACAUUCGGAGUGGUCUAGGUUAGGCUUCGAAGCAAAAACAGAGUAUAAUGAAAGCGGGAAAAAGGUUAAUGUUGCAUAUUGUUUACAGUGCGAAAAGUGCCUUAAAAAUACAGCUGCUAGACGAUUGAAAUCACACAGGAAUGUGUGCAAACUUGACAUUAAUAAAUUGAAGAACUGUGUUAGCGAAUGCGUCGAUAACGAUGACAUUCAAAGUGAUCACGUAAAUCUUAAUGAAGAGUCGGAGAAACACCAUGGUGUAAAAAGGAAAACGAGCACUAGAUUAAUUGACAUUGAUAUGAACGUCAUCAAUAAUUCUACUGAGAACGCAAAAGAAGACAAGAUUGAAAAGAACUCUAGUAAACCUAUUCGGAGGAUUGAUAAGAACAAGAUGACCAAUUUUUUCGAUCAGAUAAAUGAUCAAGAACGUAAAAAAAUUGAUGAAGCUUUGAUAGAAUUGUUCAUCGCACUUGGCAUUCAGUUCGACCAGGUUAACUCUCGCUACUUUAAAAAUUUCAUUCAGCUAUUGCGGCCAGCAUACGGAUUAUUAUUACCUGCGAGAGAAAAAUUGUCUGGAGAGCUAUUAUCUCAAGUAUACGAAAAGCACAUCGAUAACAAAACAAUGGUUUCGAGUGGGAUCUUUUUGAUAAACAAAGGCGACCAACGAUUUAGUGUAACGUUUGAUAAAAGCGAACAAUUAAUGUAUGUGAAAACGCAAGAUUCCACAAGUGAAACCAUAGAUGUUUUCGUUAAAAAUUCGAUUAAAAUGGCCGAGAAAAAUAUGGCACUAACGUUUAUAUCGUUAUUCUUGAUUCAAAAGAGACCCGAGAACGUUGUACUGAAAAUGAAAUUAUCUUUUAUUAACUUGUCUAUCUACAGAAUUAUAAUCACUUGUGGAAUCACUAAUCAAUUUAGAAUUAUUAAAUGAAGUAGAUACUGUGUUAAAAGAGUUUUCCGUACCAGCUCUGCAAGAUUAAUUUCAUACUGAGAAUGGGAUGUCAAUAAUCCAAUUGGAAAUUGACGACUUCAAAACAUAUUACGAUGGUUUUUUAUCCUGUUCGAAAAAUUUAAAAACUAUGCGUAAGUUGGUAGGAAAUGAAACUUAUUCUUUUAAUUCGAGUAUUCUCUUUUUGAUCUUUAACAAUGAUUUUGAAAAGAAACUUGAUGAUGCGUUGGGAAUCUUAAAAUUGGUUCAUAAAAUUGCUCAGGAUCAAGGACUACACUACACAUUGGCUGAUGCCGUUGAAGAUUGGCACAUGCUAUUAAAUGCUACGGCGAUAAAUGAAUGUCAAAAAGUUAGAAUUCUCGAGUUUAGCAAAUCCAUUUUUGAACAAAUUUCAUUAACAGCAAAUUAUUUGCACCCACGAUAUCAGGACAAAUGUUUUAGUAAAAAUGAUGGAUUAACAAAUAAGAUGCUGCAGUUUAUUUUAGAGCAUUUAAAUGAAGAUGGCAUGGAAAGUUUUUUUCAAUAUCAAGAAAAAACUGGUAUAUUCCAAACGUUGUUUUUAAAACAAUACGAGUCUGCCGAUAUAUUUUGGCGUAUUAUGGCAACAGAAAAUCAAAGUUUAUCAAAAUUUGCGUUGCAAAUGUUAAAAAUUCCUGCAUUUACAAUAAACAAAAACAUUUCUUUAAUAACACAAUGUUCUGAGAACUCUUCACAACAAAGCAAAAUAACUGAACUGUAUCAUUUGUUAAAAAUGAAUGAAUAAUUUAUUAUAUUAAUACAAAUAAAUAAAUGCGUUUUCAUAUGUAAAAUAAUUCAAACAUAUUUUUGAACAGUAAAACAUAAAAUUUAACAUUAUAAUAUUUUACCAUAAA